UACAGAGAUACUAAACAUCACCAUGAAGCUGCUGACUGUGUCUACACUUCUCUGCGCAAUGGUGGCUCUGGGCACUGCUGCUGCACUUCCAGCUGAAGUGGCCAGGAAUGAGACAGAGGCAUUAAUUCCAGCAGGAGAACAUCAUGUUGAGAAGAGAGCAGCAUCUUGUCCAGGCGGCUGGACUCAGUAUGGGAAUCGAUGCUUUCUCUACAAAAACCAUCAAAUGACUUGGGCUCAGGCACAGCGACUCUGCCAGACCAUGAAUGCAAACCUGGCAUCUGUAAACAGCUACAAUGAGUAUCAGUUCAUUCGAGGGGUCAUAUCUAGUGCCACUCAUGAAAGUGGACUAACAUGGAUUGGUGGCUCAGAUGCUCAACAGGUAUAA